AUUGAUAAAGCAGAAGACACACACUGGCAAGCGUUCCCUGACAGAGAUGCUGCACUGAGCGCUUAACACUUCUGCUCUUCAUGGUGCAUGAACGCAUUUGGUCAGAUGAGGAAUGAUGCUAUGGACCAUUACCUUGAUUUGAAAGGCACAGAUGAAGAGGGCUAGCAUGUGUCGUCCUGUAUGGAGCCCAGUUCAGAUGUCCUGUUCACUCUGGCUCCUCCUUCUGUCCUCUUCUCUCAGGUUUAAUCCUGCUGUGUCUGAAUUAGUGUUUUCAGUGUCACCUGAAGAUGGCGUUGGGAUUUUAAACAGCUCUCUGAUGUUGCACUGCACAGUGUUUGACUCUGGACUGAAGGCUCCUCUUCCAGUGACAUGGGAGAGAGACGCUGGAGGUCUGGACAGCAGGAUUCAUCAGUUGGCCAAUGGCUCACUUUUCUUUCCCCACUUAAAAGAGGAAGAUUUUGGAAACUAUUCCUGCAGUGCGAAGAGAGGCAACAAACAGAUUCAGACCACUGUCAUGGUCAGCAAAGCAUGCCUGGAGGAUGUGUUCUUUCACCCUCAGUCCAUGAGAACUGAAGAGGGCCAUGAUGUUUUCCUUCAAUGUGUCUCGGGUGAUAGUUAUCCUCCUGCACAGAUUUCAUGGUUAAAAAAUGGCAGAGUUCUCACCAAAGGAAACCAGAUUCAGGGACAGUAUGGAGGAGGGAGUCAAAGGAAGACUUCUGGCACUUUGCAUAUGGCUAACAUCACCAAAGCAGACCAAGGGAUCUAUUUCUGUAUCACCCACAAUCCUCUGCUGAAUAUAAACAAAGGAAGUCAAGCAGCAACACUGACAGUGCAUGGUUCCAAUGUAGACGUAAAGAUUAUUGAAGGCCCCCAAAAUCUUACUGUACCUGCUGAAAUGGAAGCUGCACUGCACUGCUUUGUUGAAGGCUUCCCCAUUCCCACAGUGCAGUGGUUUAAGGAUGGACAUCCAUUAUCCAAUUCUUCUAGAUGGGAUCUGCAGAAGGACGGACAACUGCUGAUUUUUAAGAGUGUUUUAUCAGAGGAUGAGGGCCUGUAUUUUUGUGAAGCUCACAAUGAGAGGCAGAAAGUGAUAUCCGAGCAAGCCUACCUCCUGCCUGCAGUUAUGGAUUGGAUCUUUGUUCUUGAACCUGCCAACCUAACAGUGAGGAAGGGUGAAUCUGCGACUCUGUCCUGUAGGCCUCCUCACAGCAGACCCCAAGCACAAGUGUCCUGGUUUAAGAACAACAGACUUCUCCAGACAGGACCGUAUUAUACUUUUGAUCCUAACGGAGACCUGGUCUUCCACAGUGUACGAGAGACAGACAGUGGAUUGUAUUUCUGCAGAGCAUCUAAUUCCCGUCUCAAAAGGGCUCUCACAUCAAAAAAAAUAUUCCUGGAUGUUCUUGAACCUCCAUCCGUGACUAUCUGGCCGACGAUGGUAACAUCUCCUGUAGGAGCUGAAGUGGCGAUUCACUGCCAGGUGUUAGGACACCCUGCCCCUUUCAUCAAAUGGUCAAAGCAGGGCCAGUCUGUCCAAACUGGAGGCAAAAUUAUCAUGGGGUUAAGAAACACAACACUCUACAUUUCAUCAGUGAGAACGUAUGAUGAAGGACAUUACACAUGCGCAGCCUCCAACACACUGGGUCAUGAUCAGAAAACCAUGACUCUUCAGAUUGCUGUGAAACCUGUCAUUGUUUCCUUUGUUGCAUCACUCACUGUCUCAGAGGGAUCACCUGUUAGUCUCCCUUGUCGAGCUGUUGGAGAUUUUCCUGUCAAAUACACUUGGAUUAGAACUGCAUCCAUACAAAAUUCACCAGAACAGUCUGGUUCCAACUCUCCGGUCUCACUCCCACAACAGAUACACAUUGAUGAUAAUGGGACAUUAGUCAUCUUCGACAUCCACCGGUCCGAUGCAGGGGAGUAUCACUGCACUGCAGAAAACAGAGCCGGUCAGGAUGUGAGAAGUCUCAUUGUAACUGUAACUGCUGACUCAGAUGUCCCACCUGAUAAGGAAGCACUGAGUAAAACGAUUGUGCCCACUGUUCCAGAGAUUGAGCAAGAGCUAUUUACUAAUUCCUUUCUUUAUGGUUCAAAGCUUCCGAGUAAUACAGAGAUAAAUGAAUCCGUUCAGCAAACAACUGAAGAUUACACAAAGAUAUCUUUGUUAAAUGCUUUUGUGGAGGACUCGCCAACAUACUUGAAUCUUGAAUUUACCCAAGAGUUAAUUUCACUUAAGCCAAGUCACCUUAGCAUAGAAAGUAAUGAAAAAAUCAAACAACCCAUUCAAACACAAAAACCAACCCCUGUGCCUGUCAAACCUACACCAUUUUCCCCACUCAGAGAGACUUUUAUACAGGAUACGCAUGACCAUAUGCAACCAACAGAGCAGGCCACAAAACCUCCAGUAAUGAAUCCAAACACAAACAGACCUUUGUCAGCAGACUCAUAUUCCCAUACCCAGCUUAAAAAAAUUCAGAGCUUUUCCCUGAAAAGUGCCCAGUCCUUUAGCGGACAAGCUCAGACUACAGGCUUAACUUUAAUGGAUGCAGAGAAUUUCACUGCCUCGGCUCCUGUGGAAAAGCAUCAAAAUCAGAGUCAAAUCAUCAAGCAGUCUGGAGGUACCAAGUCAUCGGUGACAAAUGACACAGACCUUGUUGAGCCACUCAAGAAAAACACCUCACAGGCCCCUAUGAGGACCACUGACAAUAAUAACAGAGAAAAGGAGAAAUCCCAAACUUGGUUGCCUGUGAUUGAGAAGCAUGACAUUCCCAUUGUGGUUGGAGUUGGUGUUUCAUUGGCAUUCAUCUUCAUUGCCAUGGCCUUUUACUCUCUGGUUCAGAAAAAUGAUCCUGUAGCUGUACCUACAGGGAGGGCAGCUCUGAGGGGAAUAGGUGGGCCUUGCAGGCAUGGUGAACGUCUUGCAAUGGAAAGGACAUACGAUAACAAGGGAUUCGAAGAUGAUAAUUUGGUGGCUGUCAUUGAGCAAAGCCCCAACACAUCGGAGACAAGAGCACUCCCAACAGAAGGCAGCCCAUCCACCUUGAUGAUGGAACCACCGAAUGAUGACUUUCAAGAGGGUAUCCAGUCCACCCAUGACCUGCCAGUUAUUGUGGAGACCCACCCAGAGCCAAGAGAAGAGGACCAGUUGGAGACUAUAUUCGAGGAGGGGAAGGUCACUCCCUCACCACAUUCUGACAUUCAGCUUCAGUGCAUGGAGGACUGGAGGAGCAGAGAGUUUGAACCAGGUCAGGACGCCCCCUCACCUCCUCCAGCCAAUCCAGCACCUGCCCAGGAGGAGGGCCUACGCUCUUCCCUGACCCUCCAGACCAGCGAUCCCUCCUCAACUCCCGUGCGCCACAGCAUCAAUAUCUCGCACGCUUUCUCUCCCCUCCUGCUGUCCCAUUGCGUGUCCCUGGGCAUGACCUCUGUGGCCGUGGAUGUGCACUUCUACCCUUCGGCCCCCUCAGCUGCCGGCCCUGCCUUUGGACCCCCAGGCCAACAGGUGAACACCAGGCUGGAGCAUGAACUGAAUGCACCCUCUGCCAGCCACAGUAAAUAACAAGAGUGUGUGACAAAUGUUUAAGUCAUGAGAAAGCUCUUUUAUGAAUUUCUCACCUCAUAGGGCAACUGGCAGUUAGGUUAAAGAUGGUGCUGGUCUCUCUUUUUUUAAAUGAUUGUCAAAUUUCCCAUGAUGUUGGUUUAAUGACAGCAUGAGCUCAUAUAAGAAUUAGAAUGGCUGCGUCUGAAUUCACAUACUUUCACCGUAUUUACUGUUUCUGAUUGAAACGACUUUGCAUACUACAUCUACCACACUGUAAAAAAUGUCCUGUUAAAUUUGUGGUAAAAAAAAGGGAAACAUUAAGCUUAGAAAAUACAGUGACAAUGAGUCUGGUAUUAUGGAAUGGCAAAUACAUUAUUGGUGGUAAAUUACUAAUAAUAAAAUAGAAGAAACAAAACUAUUUAAAUAAAAUGUAAUCAUAUUUGAUGUCACACAAAAGGGAUGUCCUUUUACGCCUUCAACCAUAAAUUAUAUGGCAGUUUACACUUCCAAAACCCAUAAUGUUCACUUUAUUUUACAGUAAAAUUAUAUAUAAUGCAAUGUUAAAUCAUUUACAGUUUUUAUCGCGUAUGGUACAUCUUACAGUUAACCCAUUAACAGGUUUUUACUGUAGCACUUUUACAAAUAUUUUUACAGUUUGGCAUCAGGACAGGGCGAUAUAAUUAAAUUUUUUUAAAUAUUUUUCAGUUUUUUGACAAAAUUUGAUAAUCUCAGUAUUUAUGAAUUAGCUUUGAAAAGUGUUAUUAUUAUUUUCAAAUCAGAGGAAAUAUCGUAACAGCAAUAUAGUAUUUACCUUCAUAUAUUUUUACUAAGACAUUUUAAUAUGUGAAAAAUGUCAUGCAUUAAUUUGCAUGUACUAAUACCAGCCACGAAAUCUUAAAGAGCCCCAGCCUGAGCUUUUGUGGUUUGUAAUUAUAUAUAUGUACUCCACCUACAACUUUUUUUAUACUGCACAGAAGGCAAGUACGCAUAUUCAGAUGCAGGGGACAAUUGCAAGUAACAUUUAUCAUUCAUCAGGUUUAUAAACGUUGUCUUUCCUCUAAUGCCAAGGACUUUAUAAUACUGUAAGUAUUUAAGAGGAAUUAAAUGUAUACAUUAAUGUAUUUAUGAAAAUUAGAUAGUUUUCAGUAUUUUUUUAAAUAAGAAAUGACUUCUACACGCCUAGCCACAGCAUUAUGUAAAAUAUUGUCGGAAAAGGUCUCUACAGUAAUGGAGAGUAAAUGCAAAGGUUUAAUAGAACUUAAAGUUGUAAAAAGGUUUUAUUUUGUGCAACAACUUGACUGUUACUUCUGCUUGUGCCAAAGGUUAAACCAACUUACCAUUAGCUAUUUCUGUGACUUGUAUUGUUAAACAUUAAGAUACUGGGAGUAUUGUACUUCAUGGGCAACCAACUGUU